AAAGAGGUAAACGCUGAAUAGAAACCAGAGUUUGUGUCCGCCCCACGAAAAGCGUGGAGAUGGGCAGGGUAACGGAACGCCGCGCCUCCUGGGCUUCCCUGGUUGGCUUUGGAAGCUCACGUCGCGUGGCCCUUUCCGUCUCAAAUUCGGGAAGCUGGGUUGGGUACCAAGCGAACUGGACUCUGAAAGCCAACCCCUUGCCUCGGAUUUAAGUCUGUUGGCCUUGCCUUGCACAGCUCGUUAGCCUAGCCGGGAGGUAAAGCACCGACGGAUACAAGGCCCUUCUUCGAGAACCUAUUACAGGUUUCCACAUUACACAUGCAGAUUCAUUGAAAAAUCCUUAGUGAUAUUGACAUGUUCCAAGUGACAUAAAUUAGCCAAUGACUCGGAUUGAUGGAGUCUCUGAAGAUUGGAAAUGGUUUGCCACGGGUUGGACCGGGGACUGAUAUAGGGAUAUCUUCACUCCCCAAGCUGGGGUACUUGGGAAAAAAUUAUGAUUCAGCUAAAGUUACAACAGAUGGGCAAUGCCCUGCUUGUAGAGCAAAAGGAAAGCUAAACAACUUAAAAACUUACCAAAUUAACUUCCAAGAAUCUAUCUUUUUGUGUGAGGAUCUUCAGUGCAUUUAUCCUUUGGGCUCUGAGUCACUUACUAAUUUAAUUUCUCCUGAUUCGGGAGAUUGUCACACUCAAAAUAAGCCUCAAAAAAGAAAAAGAUUGGAAACGAACGCCAAGUCUUCACCUCUUCCAGUACAUUCUAAAAAGACUAGAAAUCACGUUGUCACUGAUGGGGAACAGAAUUUGAAUGCUAAAUACAAUGGAAAAGUGUGUGGUGACACCUCAUCAAACUUACCAGAUAACACUAGUCACCAGAAUCAUGUCAGGGCAGUUGCUUCCUCAGAGCAGAAUGAGACUUUGGAAGUUGAUACUGUGGACACUUUGGACGUUGAUACUGUGGAUGUUUCUACCAAAGAAGAUCCUGCCACAGUUAGUGUCUUUGGAGUGCUCACCCAAAGUCAAGGAUCUGAGCUGGAAAUGCCAUCUGAGAGCAGGUGUUUACCGUUUUGCCAGACUCUCUGUGUCCAGUGGAGAAACUCUCAGGCACUCUGCUGGCUAGACUGUAUCCUUUCGGCCCUGGUGCACCUGGAGGCGCUGAGGAACACUGUGAUGGAGGUGUGCUCCAGAGAAGAAUGUGUGUUUGGGAGGCUGUUUGAAACAUACCACCAAGCAGAUAAGCUUCUGUACACCCACCACUUGCAUGGUGUCACAGGUGAAGAUUGUAAACAACUGAGGUCAGAAAUACUUGCAGAGAUAGAGACUUGUCUGAAUGGAGUUAGAGGUGAAAUUUUUACUAAACUUCAGCCUAAGCUUAGAUGCACAUUAGGUGAGAUGGAAAGUCCUGUGUUUGCAUUUCCUGCACUGUUAAAACUAGAACCCCAUGUUGAAAAGCUUUUUACAUAUUCUUUUUCUUGGAAUUUUGAAUGUUCCAAUUGUGGACACCAGUAUCAAAACAGGUGUUUGAAGAGUCUGGUCACCUUUACAAAUGUUGUUCCUGAGUGGCAUCCACUCAAUGCUGCCCAUUUUGGUCCAUGUAACAGCUGCAACAGUAAAUCACAAAUAAGGAAAAUGGUGUUGGAAAGAGCAUCGCCCAUAUUCAUGCUGCACUUCGUGGAAGGCUUACCUAGGAAAGAUUUGCAGCACUAUGCAUUUCAUUUCGAAGAUAGUCUUUAUCAAGUCACAUGUGUAAUACAGUACCAAGCAAAUAACCAUUUUAUAACAUGGAUUGUAGAAGCUGAUGGGAGUUGGCUGGAGUGUGAUGACUUAAAGGGUUCCUUUGCUAAAAGGCACGUGACAUGUGAAGUGCCAGCAUCAGAGAUACAUAUUGUUGUUUGGGAAAGAAAGUCCCAGGUACCAACUGAAGAAGCCACUUGCCUUCCAUGCACAAAGCCGAGUGCACAGCCUGCGUCAGGUGAGGAGCAGCCAGCUUCGCCAACGCUGUGUUCUGUGGGUGGGGCUGCUACCUCAGAACCCUCAGUCGCCCACCUCACACACAUGCCAGUUGCUCCUCAGACUCUUCCAGAAGUCCAAGCUGUAGCUCAUGGAGAUAGUGUACUUUCAGGAACAAAAGGCUUGGUCGAAGCUGCCUCUGUGUUUCAGGUUGACUUCAAAGAUUGCCUAUUGGAAGAUAAACCUGUGGCAGAAAGUGCAGAACUUGUCAGAGCACUUUCUUUGCAACCACAAGACUCACUGAUGACUUCCUUAUUGUCUAACCCAUAUGAAGGAAAGCUAGUGACCCCACCAGUUGUGAGCACAGACCCGGAGGCAGUACCGUCGCAGGCAGGAGACACUGUAAUUCCUAACUCUGUGACUGAUGCCCCUGUUCCUGUUCCUGUUCAGGAGUUGAAGUCCAUGGUAGCUGAGAAGGACACUCAGAUACAGUUGCUGCCACUUUCAGCUGAGAGGCUAAAACCUGCACAACCUGCCAAAUCUCAGGCAUCUAAUGUGAGAAAAAGAGAAACUGCAGCGUCUUCUAAAACGGUAAUGGCCAGCUCAUUACAGACUCAGCCUCAGAAAGACGAUCAGAAGAAAGCCUUUGUGGGAAGUUGGGUGAAAGGGUUGUUGAGCAGAGGUGGUUCCUUUAUGCCACCCUGUGUUUUGGCUCAGAAUAGAGCGGUAACUGACCUACAGCCCUCUGUUAAAGGAGCCAAUAAUUUUGAUGGCUUUAAGACAAAAAAUGUAAACAGGAAGGCUAAGAGGAUGUCCAGGAAGGCUUCUAAGCAUGUGGAUGAGCCGACUGCAGGCAGCUGCUCUCCACCUUCAGGCAGUACAGCUACUCUGCCCCAUGCUGGUGGGAACGCCACAUCAAUCUUGUUGAAGGGACAGGAAAGCUCACGUGCAACUCCCCUCAGCAACAAUUUGCAUAGCAGUGAAAGUGUCAUCUCUCCAGCAAGCUGUGGAGAUGCAGCUGAAGAUCAGGUUCAUAAGCUUCGGCUCAAACUUCUUAAAAAACUAAAGGCAAAAAAGAAGAAACUAGCUGCUCUCAUGUCUUCCCCGAACCGUGGCACCUCUGUAAGUGACCAUUCAGAGCCUGUGUCCCAUUGUGGGUCUCCAAAUGACUGUGAGUCCAUAGAAGAUCUGUUGAAUGAGCUACAGUAUCAAAUUGACCUUGCAGACAACAAAUCAGGGUGCACCACUGCUCCUGAUGGCACCUCAUGUAACAGCCAGAGUCAUGAAGAGAUUUUAGCAGAAUUGUUGUCGCCUCCAGCCCUGUCAGAGCCCUCAGCCAGUGUGGAGUCUGAGUUGAGGUACUUGGAGGUGGGGGACAGCACACCAGCACCUACUGAAUUCAAUGCUGUUUCCCAGAGCAUCUGUCUGGGACAGGACCAUAACUACUGCAGCCCCAAGAAAAACCAGUGUGAAGCUGAAGUACAGUCACUCACAGACAGUGCCUGCAUAAGAGCCUUGAACUUGGGGAGCCCCAUGAAGACUGAUAUUUUUGAUGAUUUUUUUCCUACUUCAGCACUGAAUUCUUUAGCAAAUGACACAUUAGAUAUACCUCAUUUUGAUGAAUAUCUGUUUGAGAAUUGCUGAGUGUUGUUAACGUUUUAGUUUAACACUGACCACUGCUGCAAGAGAAUGUGACUUGUGGGUAGUGUCUGCCCUUGUGUUCUAGCCAUGGGGAAGCUGUAAGCUACUGGGGUCUCCCUCUGGUUCUGCUUGUGAAGCAUGAGACCUACUGCAAAUUAAAAUCCUCAGCCUUG